AAGAAAGGAAGAAGAAUAUACAGGGAAAAGAAAAUUAGGUUCUCAACUGAGAACAUGAGUAGCGGCAACAAACCUCCAAGGGCAACAACUAAGGAUGUUGGGGCUAUGAUGAGCUGUAUAUGGCUCAUUGAGGACAUUGAUGAUAUUCUUCUUCUCCAUGAGGUUUGGCAACAUGGUGACCAUAUGGGGAAGUUCUUCCUUGUCAGUAAGGUUGAACUAGAGAAUUUGUGGUGCUUACAUAAUAUUGAUGAGCUUGAUGUGUCCUUCUCAGAUAGUUCCCAUCCCUUAUUCAAAGAAAAAGACAAGGAUGUUGAGGGGGAAGAAGAUGGUAUGGGUCUGGCAGAGAAAGGGGAUAGGCUUAUACAUGGUCUAGUAAAUGGUGCGUUAGAUACUUUGGGGAUGGACACUGUGCUUAAAGUCCCUUUAAGCUAAGAAUUUGGUUUUAUAAGGGGUAAGAAGUGGAAAAGGUGUGGCUUAGGCAAUGGUAAAUGGAAGAGGUUAGGCCAUGGUAAAUGGAAGAGGUUAGGCCAUAAUUUUGGAAACUCCUUAAGCAAAGAUAGGGACAAGCAUGGUAAGCGAAAGCUCAAAACUGCUCUUGUAAAAGAGGAAAGGGCUUUGAAAGUAUUGAU